AUGGCAGACCCCGGAAAUGAGGGGAUGGAGAAAAUGAUCCCUCUGAUCAACAAACUGCAAGAUGCGUUUCAGCAAACAGGGCAAGCACUUGACAUUGAUCUCCCCCAAAUCGCAGUUGUUGGAAGUCAAUCUGCAGGAAAAUCAUCAGUUUUGGAAAACUUUGUUGGAAAAGAUUUCCUCCCUCGUGGCUCUGGAAUUGUCACGCGACGGCCGCUAGUGCUCCAGCUGAUUAACAGUCCGCAAGGGGAGUGGGCAGAGUUUUAUCAUGCAAAAGGGAAGAAAUUCACGAGUUUUGACGAUGUACGACAGGAGAUUGAAGACGAGACUGACAGAAUGACCGGGUCGAACAAGGGAAUUUCUGCCAUCCCAAUCAACCUGACAGUCUAUUCUCCGAAUGUUCUCAACCUCACGCUUGUUGAUUUGCCCGGAAUGACGCGAGUUCCAGUUGGUGAUCAGCCAAAAGACAUCGAGCAGCAAAUUCGAGACAUGCUUUACCAAUUUAUUACCCGAGAUUCAUGUCUUAUCCUCGCUGUGUCUCCCGCAAAUUCAGAUUUGGCCAACUCCGAUGCGAUGAAAAUCGCCAAAGAAGUCGACCCGGAAGGGCUGAGAACAAUCGGAGUCAUCACGAAACUAGAUCUGAUGGAUCAAGGAACCGAUGCAAAGGAAAUUCUUGAAAACCGUCUGCUCCCUCUUCGCCGAGGAUUCGUCGGUGUCGUCAAUAGAAGUCAGAAAGACAUUGAUGGUAAAAAGGAUAUCAAAGCCGCGAUGCAGAAUGAGCGUAAAUUCUUCAUGACCCACGCUUCUUAUCGACACAUGGCGGAUAGAAUGGGCACACCUUAUCUUCAGAAGGUCUUGAAUCAGCAGCUUACUAAUCAUAUUCGUGAAACACUACCAACUCUGAAGCAGAAUCUUCAAAAACAGCUUCUCUCCAUGGAAAAGGACGUGGCAAAGUACAAAGGCUUCCAAAAUAACGAUAAAGGCCGCCGGACAAAAACAAUGCUUCAAAUGGUCAAUCAGUUCUCUACCAACUUCCAGCAAGCAAUUGAAGGUUCAGGAGUUACAGUAUCUACAGACAGCCUCACGGUUGGAGCGAAAAUCAACAAACUCUUCCAUGAACGCCUCCCAAUUCAAAUUGCCGAACGAAAGAUCGAGGAAAAAUCGCUGAGGAGAGAGAUCAAAGUUGUUAUUCAGAAUACAAGAGGAGUCCGCAGCGGCUUGUUUACUCCAGACAUGGCCUUUGAACGAAUCGUGAAAGAGAGGAUUGAGGAGCUUUUGACAGCGCCACUGAAUUUGGUCGAUAAUGUUACGAAUGAGAUUCUAGAGAGCUCAAAGCUGUGCUCUCAGCAUAUGGCUUCGUUUCCGAUGCUUCACCAAGAAGUGGAAAGAAUCGUAAACGAGCAUAUCCGAGAAAAAGAAAGCGACUGCAGAACCCAGGUCGAGCUGCAAAUUAACUUUGAGCUUGCGUAUAUCAACACUAAUCAUGAAGACUUCAUCGGUUUUCACAACGCAUCUUCGUCCGAGAAGAGCAAGAAGAAGACCGGAAUGAAUCAGGUCAUUCGACGGGGAUAUAUGAGCAUUGACACUGGAGGAGGGAUUAAAAAAAUGAAAGGCAAUCAAUACUGGUUUGUUUUGAAUGCUGAAAGUUUCAGCUGGUUCAAAAGUGAUGCUGAGCAAGACAAGAAAUACAUGAUCCCGAUGACUGACGAUCUUAAAGUUAAAUCAGAGAAAAAUGAGAGCAUGUUCGGCAAUACUACCAUCAAAUUUACCCUUUUCAGCAAUGAGCGAAAGAAUAUUUACCAAAACAGCACCAAACUUGAUAUGAUUGUUGGAUCUGAUGAGGAGCUUGAAUCUUGGAAAGCAGCUUUUCUAAGAGCCGGGGUUUAUCCUGAGUCCCAAAGUACUGUAAGUACUGUUCAAGACGAUGAUGAUAUGGACGGAACAAUAACUGGGGCAGAUCCUCAGCUAGAACGACAGGUCGAGCAAAUCAGAAAUCUUGUCGACUCUUACAUGCAGAUUAUCAUGAGAACACUGAAAGACAUGACUCCUAAACUGAUUAUGCAUUUGCUUGUCAAUGAAACCAAAAACUUUAUCGCCGACGAGCUCCUUGCAUGUCUCUAUCAACAGUGCGACAUGUCUGCUCUCACAGAAGAAUCUCCUGCAGAGGCUGAAAGACGAGACGAGCUCUUGAAACUUCAUGCGUCUCUCAAAGAAGCGAUGAAAAUCAUUAAUGACUUCACCGCAAAUACCCAGUAUCAAGCUCCACCACCACCAGUCGACAACUCCUGGAUGGCGAGCUCAAAAUCAUCUCCUGCUCCUAAACCUGCUGUCCAGCGGCAGGCAUCAAAACCAUCACCAAAAGCCCCACCUAAGCCUCCAGCUCAGAAAGCCCGUCCGCGAGCAGCGCCAGUUCCACCAAAAGCAGCCCCUCAGAUGACGCCACAACAACAGCAGCAAACGAUGCAGCCGAUGAUUCCCCAACAGCAACCGAUGAUGCAACAACAGCCCAUGAUGCAGCCCAUGAACAUGCAAAUGCCAACGAUGCAACAAGCCCAACAAGGGCUAAGCAUGAUGAAUACGAUGAGUUCGAUGAUGGGGCAAACUCAACAGAAUCAGCAAAAUAGCUCAAAUCCACUUGAUUUCUUUAAAUAG